GCUGUGGCAGGCAAAAGCAAAACGCUAAUCCAGAUUCUGUUCUGGCGUCCGCAAUUUCAUCGAAUAACGAUGGCUUCCCAACGGCCUCUUAUCCUCUCUCUCCUAUUCGCAGCCACUCUCUUCCACCUCCGCCUGGUUCCCGCCGCCGCCGAUGCCAAUGCCACCGCCACCGCCAACGCCACCGCCAAUUGUACCGAGUUCAUCCGCAGUAGCUGCCUCAUCACUCUCUAUCCGGACGUCUGCUACACCUCCCUCUCCCGCUACGCCAACGCCAUUCAGCAGGAUCCGGCCUCCCUCACUCGCGUCGCCAUUACCAUCAGCCUCGCCAACGCCCGCAGAAUGGCCGGCUACGUCUCCAACCUCUCCCACGCCGGCGACUACGGCGCCGACCGCAGAGCCGCCUCCGCGCUCCACGACUGCUUCGAGAACUUCGACGACGCUGUCGACGAGAUCCGCGGCUCGCUCAAGCAGAUGCGCCAGAUCAACGACGUCGACGCGCCGUCGUUCCGGUUCCAGAUGAGCAACGUGCAGACGUGGAUGAGCGCCGCGCUCACGGAUCAGGAGACCUGUACGGACGGAUUCGGCGAUGUGGCCGACGGUCCGAUGAAGGCCGACGUCUGCAACAAGGCGGAGAAGGUGAAGAAGCACACCAGCAAUGCCCUAGCGCUUGUUAACAGCUUCGUCGAGAAACGAAUUCCGUGAUUCAAUCGGUAGGUUUUCCGAAAAACAUUGUUGGAUUGAACCACAAAUUCGAACUCUGAAAUCGUGAAAUAGUAUGCUUCUGUAUUUAAUUAACAGUGUGCGUGAGAGAGAUUUGUAAAUUUCUUACUCCAUAGACAAACUGAAAUUUUCUGUUCCUUUUUUCUGGUGGUGUGCUCUGGUGCUGGUUCCUUCUUUCAUAGUUUCGGAAUGAAAGAAAGAGAAGGAAGCAAUUCGCAUAUUUUGUAUUAUUUGUUAUUUUUCUCAA